AUGACUGCUGUCGUAGAAUAUUAUCCUUCACCUGGACAUAUUGGAAAUGAUCUGUUUUUGAAAGAUGAUAUCAAGGACAUUAAUGAAGAUAGUCAAGCUAUUGAACAGAUAUAUUCAUAUUGGUUUGGUGAAAAUAUUAAUACAUGGUCGAAAACGUAUCCGUUGAAUACAAAACUUUGGUUUAAAGUUCAAGAACAAGUUGAUCGAGAGAUUAAAGAGAAAUUCGAAGGUUUGUUAAUCGACGCAGCAAGACCGAAUAGUGAUCUUUAUCAACGUUGGAAAAAGACCGAUCGAGGCAAACUGGCUCUUAUUAUCUUAUUGGAUCAAUUUUCUCGAAAUAUGUAUCGAGGUACAGCGAAAAUGUUCGAAUUUGAUUCUUUGGCACUUUCAUUAGCCCUUGAAAUCACUGAACAUUGCACACAUAUUAAAUCUUACAGUUUACCUGAACGUCUCUUUAUCUAUCUUCCAUUGGUUCAUUCCGAGAACCUCAUUUACACUACCAAAGGUGCUGAUCAACUGGAACAGUUGGCAUCUGAAGUGACUCAACGUGAUGUUCGUCGACGUUAUGCAACCAAUGCUCCAGUGUUUUAUCCAGGCAUUGCCACAUUCUAUUUUGCUAAUGCUCCUUUACCGUAUAACCCUACCGGUGAAGUCAAAGAACAGCUUCUCACUGCUUUUGGUGAUGGAAAUCUUCCCGAAAUAAGUUAUCAACGACAAUGGUGGAAUGCGUCAAAAGAUAGUAAAAUCUAUCAUCACUUGGAUGUUUCAUUACAUUAUUUGGACAAAUUAUUCAAGUCCGAUGGACCAUUCGAUGGUGUUUUUGGCUUUGCUCAAGGAGCGGCUUUAGGUGGAAUUCUGUGUGGAUUACAACCAUUUGGAAAUAUAUCCUUUCAUUUUGCGAUCCUCAUCUCGGGUUUUGCUUCUCGAGCGGAGUGUCAUGAACAUUUAAUGCAACCGAAUGCGAUUAAAAAUAUCUCGUCGUUGCAUAUCUAUGGAGUCAAUGAUGUUUUAAUUACAAGCGAUCGAACCUUGAAAUUAGCAGCGGCAUUCGAAAAUCCGAUUAUUGUUUCACAUCCAGGUGGUCAUUUUACGCCGAAUACCUGGCCAACUAAUAAUAUCAAACAAUUUUUACUCGAUCAACAGCAACAACUAUUGCAUCAGUCUGAUGGAAUAUCGAGCUUUGGUGAAAAUCUACCUCAAUCUCUGAUCACAUUUGAAGAGAAACUCAAAGCAACAAUCAAAUUUCAUCAAAAGCGAAUUGUGACCUUACUAUCCGCAGAACGAAAAGAAAACAAAUUGCCUGUCAUUCUUGUUGGUUUAUCAAAACCCAUGGACAAAUCAACUCUGGAGACGAUUAUUGAUCAUAUUAAUGAUCAUUUAUUGGAUGAUGUUAUGUUGUUGAUCUGGUCAAAACGAACGGGUUUUCACAACACGGAGGAUUCAUCAUCCUUAUUUUUUCGACAUUGGCUUUUAUUGUAUCUGAAAAAGUCUGAUGAAGUCCUUUCGUCUUAUUUAAGCAUUAUCCCUAAAUACGGUAGUUGGGCAGAUUUGAAGACACUCUAUGUCUGUGCUUCCCAAAUGGAAGGUGAAUACCCAGAUCAGAAAGGAUUACUAGAUCAGUUAAAAAGUGCAUGUGUGAAAAUGUUUGCUGAUCAACUACGACAAGAUCAUCGAACUAUUUUGAAGCAACCAGAUGAGUUAUCUAAUGAGAAGGAAGAACAAAUGAAUAUCGAAAGUCAAGAAUGGAUUAGCAAUUGUGCGAAAGAAGCGCCGAGAAUUUCUAAUAAUCCAAAGAACAUCAAUACAGUAAUGGCAAAAGACAUAGCUCGAUAUAUGCAUCCAUUGUCUCCUACAGCUAUGAACAAUGAACGACAGUUAAAAGCAGAAAAAGGCUAUGCUUAUUUAUUAUAUAAACGAUUGAUUUCAGCUGUUUGUCAAGUAUUGGAGAAAGCCUCACCAACAUUCGUCAAUGAACAAGCGAGAUCAAGAAAUCGAAAAGAUCGAGCUUUACGAUUAACAAAAGAACAACGAGAAGAAUUACUAAACGCUCCACCUUCCACUUACAUCACAAACCCUGAGCCAGAACCAGUUGUUCCAUGUGCAUUGGAAGAUCUACAACCACUUUUCGAUCAUUUAACAUCGAAUAAAUCUGGACCUGGAGACGAAAAUCAACCAGUAGUUUUCACCCGCGGUACUAUCAUGUCUGAUGGACGAUUAGAUUUAUGUAAACAAGUCGUCGGUCCACAGGGUAUUCAACCAUUACUCAAUGCUAUGAAGAAUAGCGAUGUUGUCAAUCGAUUAUUGCUUGGAAAUAAUAUUGUCGGUCUUCCGGGUGCUCAAGCGAUAUCGAACUACAUUCGUUUUAAUCAGGAUUCUCAUAUUGAUACGUGGUAUAUCGCUGGAAAUAAUUUCGAUAGUGAAUGUAUAUCAUUGAUAUGUAAUGCAUUGGUGAAUGAUAUGAAAGUUAAAGCACUUUGGUUAAAACGAAAUCCAAUCUUAACUUCGGGUGUUGUUCAUAUAGCUCAAAUGUUACGAACAAAUCAUUAUUUACAAACAUUAGAUUUACUCAAUACUGGACUAUUAGAUGAAGGUUGUAAAAUCUUAUUCGAUGCAUUCAAAGUCAAUCGUACAUUAAAACAUUUGUAUUUGGAUACUAAUGGUUUAACCGUGAAAAGUGGACGAAUUAUUCGUUUACAUUUCGAAGAAAAUGAUAACCAGUUAGAAUCAUUGUAUUUAUCAUGCAAUGCUUUCGGAGACGGAGGUACUUCUGAAAUAGCAGUUGGGUUGAAGCAUGAUCAACAUUUGAAACGAUUAGGCUUAGCAUCGAAUUGCAUUGGUCCGGACGGUGUACGAGCUCUAGUUGAUGCACUCAUUGCUCAUCCAUCGUUACAACAAUUGAAUCUUGGCUUUAUGAAAGCAACUAUUUUACUUGGUGGACUUGAUAAUGUUAUUGGUGAUGAAGGUGCUGGUGAAGUAAGUAGAUUGAUUCGAUCGAAUGAAUAUAUUCGUUCAAUUGAUUUGACAUUUAAUGGUAUUUCACAACGAGGUUUGAUGAAAUUACGAGAUGCAUUGAGAGAAAAUCGAACAUUAACAACAUUGAAAGUUUUACAAUUCGGACAAGUUCAUAGUGAAAUAACCAAAGAAGAAAUUAAUAUGAUGCUGGAAACAAAUAAGAUUGAAUGGGGAAGACAAGUACUGAGCAAUAUUGAUGGUUCAUCACUAACAAAAGCUGAUUGUUUACAAAAAGGUCAGCAAUUGAAUGAAGAAAUCAAUUUUCCCGAACAUGUCAUGGAGAUUAUUAGUUAUUAUCGAACACAUUAG